AUGGCUUGGAUUAGAUGGGGCCUCUUACUUUGCUUCGGUGUGUUUCUCUCUCCGGUGUGUGUGUCAGCGGAGCAGCAGCAGAGCCAGAGCGGCUUCAGGAGGCUGUACGUGUUGCAGCCCGGGCCGGGGCCGGGGUCGGGUCCGGGGUCGGUGGGAGCGGACGGCGGGGUGAGAGUCAGCUCCAUCUCGACGCGUCACGGCUCGGCGGGGCAGCCUCACACUUACAACGUGGAGCUCACCGCUAACUUCGGCGGCCAGGUCCGGACCCGCAGGAUGGGGAACCAAGCAGCUUCAGCCCCGCAGUUGAGUCAGCAGCAGCAGCCGGUCCUCAGGCACAGCGGACAGGAGCACAAGCAGCUGAUGAAGCUGUCUGGGGUGAAUGUCUGUGGAGGGCAGUGCUGUCACGGGUGGAGUAAAGCUCAGGGAUCGCAGCGGUGCACAAAGCCCAACUGCCUCCCUCAGUGCCAGAACGGAGGAAUGUGCCUGAGGCCUCAGCUCUGUGUCUGCAAGCCUGGCUCAAAUGGGAAGGCAUGCGAACAGAAGACGGUGCCCACACACCCCUUUCCAGCACUGCCUGGGAAUGGACCCACCAACGGCCACACCACCGGUCACACCAACGGGCACAAUGUGGUGCCCCAGCGGCCAAUACCUCAGCAAGCGCCUCCUAAUGGCUAUGCGUCCGCCUCCCCUCCAUCUAACAACAUGGGCCAGAUGAAACUAACUGUCAAGGCGGCCCCCCAGCUCGUACGACCGCAUUACAUCCAGCAGCACAUUCAGCAACAGAUCCGGCCCGUGCCCAUGCACCCAGGCCAGAGCCAGCAGUAUGUUAUAAAGCCCAAAUACUACCACACACACACCACGCACACACAGACGCACGUCCAGUCCCAACCUGAGAGGCCGAUCCCCCUGGCAGUGGGACACAACCCCAUCCAUGCUUCAUUGGGCAACCAUACAGGAAGGAUCAAGGUGGUCUUCACACCCACUAUCUGCAAAUUAACCUGUAUAGGAGGCAGAUGUCACAACAACUGCGAGCUGGGAAACACCACCACCAUCAUCAGUGAGAACGGCCAUGCGACAGACACCCUGACAGCACCCAACUUCAGAGUAGUGGUGUGUCACCUGCCGUGUAUAAAUGGCGGCAAGUGCAGCGCCAGGGAUAAAUGCCAGUGCCCCCCCAACUUCACCGGAAAGUUCUGCCAGAUGCCGGUUCAGACCGGACACCAGCAGCACCAGCAGACAGCAGGUGGCUACAGUCAAACUCAGGUUCACUCUACACACACUCUGCCUCUGACCUACAGCAACGGCCAGAGCCCUGUGUUCAGCCCAGGCAUUGUCAACAUCCACAUCAAGCAUCCUCCAGAGGCGUCUGUCCAGGUCCACCAGGUGUCUCAGCUGGACAACUUCCACAACAAUGGACACAAGGUGAAGGGUUCCCAGUCCGGCUCUUCAUCCACCAGCUACACCUACCACCACACAGAGAGCAGCCAGAAGAUCCAGCACCAUGGUUACAACAUAGUUUAUCCCAGUCAGCAUGGCUACCAGGUUCCCCAGUACCAGCCCGUCACCUCCAAGAACACACUGGGCCGCUGCUUCCAGGAGACGGCAGGGAGUCAGUGUGGAAAGGCUCUGCCAGGUCUCACAAAGCAGGACCAGUGCUGUGGGACCAUUGGGACAUCCUGGGGUUUCCACAAAUGCCAGAAAUGUCCAAAAAAACCAUCCAUACCUCUGAUCGACUGUCCUCAGGGUUAUAAGAGAAUCAACAGCUCUCAUUGCCAAGAUUUGGAUGAGUGCCAGCUACAGGGUGUGUGUCCGAAUGGAAACUGUCUGAACACCUUGGGCAGUUACAGGUGUAUGUGUAAACCUGGCUACAUCCCCGACCCCACGCUCACCACGUGUAUAUCCAACACGCCUGCCAUCCAAGAGGAGAAGGGGGCUUGCUUCCGUUUGGUCAGCUCAGGGAGACAGUGUUUGCACCCAGUGUCUGCCCAGCUGAGCAAACAGCUCUGCUGCUGCAGUGUGGGCAAAGCCUGGGGUCCUCGUUGUGACAAAUGUCCCCCUCCAGGAACAGCUAAGUUCAAAGAGAUCUGUCCAGGUGGAAUGGGCUACACUGUUCUACCAAAUCCACCUGUCAAUAAGCCAGUUUACCAGGAGCCCGUUUAUGUAAUACCUCCUCAACCCCUGCCAACCACAGUGAGACUAGUGGAGGACUUUGGGAAACCAGACGACAUUAUACCAGAGGUUUUUGUGAGGACCUCUCCUCCUGCCCCAGUGGAGAUCCUCCCAUCUAAUGCAGGCCAAGACAUUGCUCCAACCCAGUCAGCUGAGGUGGAUGAGUGCCAGAUCGACCCUUACAUUUGUGGUAUGGGGAUUUGUUACAACACGGCCGAGGGCUACACCUGCCACUGUAAUGAGGGUUCCCGUCUGGAUGAUGCCCAAACCACCUGUGUCGAUAUCGAUGAAUGUGUAAACAGGACAGUGUGUCCUUCUGGUAUCUGCUUCAACGAGCCAGGAGGUUACAACUGUGGCUCCUGCUCGCAUGGGUUCCUGGCACAGGGCGGCCAAUGUGUAGAUAUAGAUGAGUGCCAGGAUCAGCGAGUGUGCACCAGAGGCCACUGCCAGAACACUGAUGGCUCCUUCAUCUGUCAGUGUGGGCCGGGCUUCAGAGUGUCGCCAGCUGGAGACCAGUGUGAUGAUGUGGAUGAGUGUUUAGAGGAAGCCAGGCCCUGCGAGGCCAUUGGCGAAUGCGUUAACAACAUGGGCUCCUACACCUGUACCUGCCCCCAGGGGUACCGACAGAUCCAAGGCACCAGCUGCAGAGAUGUUGAUGAGUGUGUGGAUGAGCCAGAGCUUUGUUCCCCUCACGGCGAGUGCCUCAACACAGAGGGAUCCUAUCUAUGUGUGUGCGAGAGCGGAUUCACUGCUAACCUAGACACGCCCUCCUGUGAUGAUAUCGAUGAGUGUGGACUCAAUGAGACUUUGUGUGGUCCUCAUGGCUUCUGUGAGAACAGACUGGGUUCCUUCAGAUGCCUCUGUGACCAGGGCUACCAGGAGUCCCAGGAUGGCCAUGGCUGUAUGGACGUGAACGAGUGUGAACUUCUGAGCAGUGUGUGUGGAGAAGCUCAGUGUGUGAACGCCGACGGCUCCUUCUUCUGCGUGUGUCCCAGCGGCCAGGAGUACAACGUCAUGGUCGCUAAGUGCGAGGCCGUCCCCACAGCCUCAUCGGUGGAGCGUAAGGAGUGCUACUUCCGUAUGAACAAUGAGAACCUGUGUGAGAGCGUGCUGACCAGCCACGUCACCCUGCAGGAGUGCUGCUGCACGCUGGGAGCUGGCUGGGGAGACAACUGCGAGGUUUAUCCCUGUCCUGUCAACGGCACAGAUCAGUUUAACCAGAUGUGUCCAUCAGGAAGAGGUUUUAUCCCCAGUGGAGAUUCGCUGUAUGAAGUACCAACAGCUGACAGCUACAAAAAUGCAGAUGAAUGUACACUGUUUGGUCAGGAGGUGUGUAAAGGAGGCUUCUGUCAUGAUACUGUGGGCAGCUACGAGUGUUACUGCAAGACUGGACAGGACUACGACCCGGCUAAAAUGGAGUGUCAAGAUAUCAAUGAGUGUCUGGAUGAGUCGGUGUGUGUGGAUGGAGAGUGUAUGAACACAGAUGGCUCGUACGUUUGUUUCUGUACACACCCCAUGCUGCUGGAUCCCAACACUAACCGCUGUGUGUUCCUUCCUGAGGCCCCUGAGCAACACGAGGCGGAGAUGGUAGACUACCAGGGUAUCUGCUGGCAGACGGUGACAGAAUCUCUGACCUGCACUCAGCCUCUGGGUGAAGACAGGAAGACCACAUACACAGAGUGCUGCUGUCUGUAUGGGGAGGGGUGGGGCAUGGACUGUGCACUGUGUCCACCCAGAAACACAGAGGAUUACGCCUCCAUGUGUAACCUACCAAUGGGAGCUGGUGGACGGCGUGCAUACGGUCAGGACGCCCUCGUUGCCGGCCCCAUCCAUGAAUACGAAGUGAGCCCAGACUACUCACCAUCACCUGAGCAGCAGGGUGUCCUUCCUUACUACGAGAAUGAGGAGCAUCCAUACAAGGCCUUUGAGGGUCUGCGAGCAGAGGAGUGUGGGAUACUGAAUGGCUGUGAGAAUGGUCGCUGUGUGCGGGUUCAGGAGGGUUACACCUGCGACUGCUUUGAUGGAUACACCCUGGACCUGUCCCGCAUGGCCUGCAUUGAUGUGAACGAGUGUUUGGAACUCAACAAUCGCAUGUCGCUGUGUAAAAAUGCAAAGUGCAUCAACACAGUGGGCUCCUACCAGUGUGUGUGUCUGCCGGGCUUCACUGCCUCCGACAAACCAAACUACUGUGUGGAGGCAGCGACGCACCAAACAUCAACACACACACAGUGAGCAUGGACGGACACUAGGGGGCGACAAGAGACACUAAAGAAAAAAAAACAACACACGCACAAGCUUGUAUUACUAUACUUGUGAGGACGUUCACUGGCUAAAUCCAUUCAUUGGCCAAACCCUCAACACCUUCUCCCCCUGGGUUGGUUACAGCAUCCAACAUCACUCCCAAAUUCCAAAAAACACUUCACAGCUGAACAUCUGCAGUGACCAGGAAGUACAUUUGGAAUUCGGGUCAGUGUGGUCAAAUGAGGGAGUGUACCUUUAAAUGUCCAAAAAUCUGGAAAGCCUUCAAUCUGAUUUUAAUCUUUGCCCCAAAUCUAAGUGAAACUUCCAAAAACCUAAAACAUUUGCCUUGAAAGUAAUCUAAUCCUGAUUCUAAUCUUAAUCCCUAAACAUUGAUCCAGCUCUACCCUCCAUCAGUGUGACUCACUUCCUGCAUUCCCCUUCUCUGCUACAUCCCUAUGGAUUGUU